AUGACUAGGUGGUUGGAAGAGCCACCUCCCUGCAGGAGGACAGGGCCAAGAGGGAGAUUACGGCGGCGCCGGGCCCAGGGCCGUGACAUGCACCUGCCACCGCCCGGGAGAUCGGGGACCUGCCAACUUACCCCACCCCAUGAGCUCAUGGCUGCAUCUGCCAGGCACUGGCUCCAGGAGCAGGUGCUGACAGUGCAGCCUGGGCACAGAGCCCAAGCACGGGAAGAGAAGACAAAAUCCCUGGAGAGGAGGACUUGGCUCAAGGCCACACCACAUUUCCAGGUCGUUUUCAAGUGGCACCAAGUGGGUUAG